AGGGGUUAAUUUCGGCAGGUGCAGCAGGCGGCAGGCUUGAAGAGGUAACGCCCCCUGUAACACAUGGUUUUUGUUAUUAUUGAAAGGGGCAGCACGGUAACGCGGAAAGUUGAGAUUGGCACGACACAAUUUUACUGAAAAAUACAUGCUUCUCUUCUUGAUGUUCCUAAAAACUAUUUGAGAAUGGCUGUUGUACGUAAAAGAAAUGAAGAAAUCAAGGACCUGGUGUCGGUAGAAAGAUCAGAAGCAAUUCGCCACCAGAUGGAAAUUAUUCAUGCCUGGAAGCCACAACAUGAAAUGUGGUCAAUCAGAAAUUCCCCAGCUAUAUUGGGAGGCAUGACCGCUUUGUCUUGCAUUUUCAUCAAUGGGCACUUCCGAAAAAAAUUGCGACUCUUCAACUAUGGAAAAAUGUCUAGCUAUUUGCCCACUGUAGUUAUUCCUUCCAUUACUGGCGCCUUAGCACAUGUUCAUACAGUGCAGAGCGACUUGCUGCUUCGGGAGGUGGCGUGUCCUGUUUGCAUCGAGAUGAGAUCAGCGUUUUUGCAAAGCGUCGUUUCUGUCGUUUACCCAUUGCUUCUGGCACCUCUCGCUAACUUAGGGUUGGCUUCAAAGUACAAAACUUCCAUCGUGCCAAACUUAUUUUCCGACAGUGGCCGACUGAUGGCUUUUCAGACUUGGUGGAAGUUUACGAAGCCAAUUUCAAACAAAUUACUGGGAAUCGUGCUUCUGCAGGGAUUGGCAGCCUCUGCACUAACCAUCGCGCAAUUAAACACAGUCGCCAAGGUUGACAUGAAGUUUGCAGAACUCUUGGCAGAAGAAGAAAAUGAAUGAGAGCUAGUGGACUGUUCACUGCCGUUAGUCAAGGAAAAUGUUGGAUCUUGUAAUAAACCAAAUCAACUUGUUAAAAAAUC